AUGUCUCAUCUUAAAGGAUCAAACCGAACAGACAACGAGAACCAUGUAAUUCGAUCAUCGAGAGACUCAGCUUCUUCAUUGAAAUUAGAACCAUCAGCUCACUCAACAGCACUGGAACCACUAGCUCCCUCAAUAUUAUUAGAACCAAAAGUUCCUUCAACAGCAUUAGAACCACUAGAACCUUCAAUACUAAAAACUAACUCGGCCAAAAAAAAUAAAAGAAAGCAGUUACUAUUAACCUUAUUCAUGAUAUUUGUUGAUGUGGGUAUCCCACUGAUAAUUUCUGUUGUUUUUAAUUUUAUCCUUUACAAACAUGUCAACACUGUGGGAAUACUUUGUGUGACAGGUUUUAUUGGUGGAGUUAUAUUGUCACUAAUUCAAGAUGAUCCCAAGUUAUUCCUAUUACGAGAUUCAUUUAUAAGUGGUAAUCUUAAGGGUUUAACGGAAGAUGAACCUAUUCCUGAUCAUUGGGAAAGGUAUUGGAGAACUUACGCUGUGUUUAGAUGGACAUUUAUUAUUUUGACUGCUAUUUGGGGAUUUGGUUUACUUUUUGAAAUUCCUUUCCGUGUUCUAAUUAUUUAUAAAACAAGAACGACUAACGAUGCAGUUUAUAUUGGAGCUAUUUUUG